CAGUCAGAUAACCUGAGAGAACAACAGAAGAACAAAUAUCACCCGAGCGCAUGUUUAUGUUCAGUUCGUCAGUCUGUUUAAAUGUCAGAGUAUCAGUUUACUGUGCAGUAUUUUAGCACAUAUUAUAACGAAUAAAUGUUAAGUUUUAUGACUGGAUUAUUUAUUCAGUGCAUGUAAGAUUUAUUAACCCAGGAUAACUAACUGAGGUAUGAGCAGUUUUUUUGACUUUUGAAAAUGAGGAUCUCUUCUACUGUACUCAAUGCUGCCAAGUUCAGGACUGUGUUUGAUUUCGGAGAGAGACAGGUCGCACACUGGUUUCCUGGACAUAUGGCUAAAGGACUCAAGCAGAUGAGAGCUAGCCUAAGGAACAUUGACUGCAUCAUUGAAAUCCAUGAUGCUAGAAUACCAUUUUCUGGAAGAAAUCCUUUGUUUCAAGAGAGCCUCGAUGUCCGUCCACAUUUACUUAUAUUAAAUAAGAUGGACCUGGCAGACACAUCAAACAAAUUGAGUAUCCUCAAACAGCUUGAGAGAGAUGGAGUUAAGAAUGUCUUGUUUACUAACUGUCUAAAGCAAAGUGAUGUGAGCAUUACAAAGAUAGCUCCAAUUCUAACAGAGACAAUAGAGAAUGCACCACGUUUCCAUAGGGAGGAGAAUAGAAGUUAUUGCAUAAUGGUGAUUGGAGUGCCAAAUGUUGGUAAAUCCUCACUGAUUAAUGCUUUAAGAAGAACAAACAUGAAAAAAGGAAAAGCCUCAAGAGUUGGAGGUGAACCUGGAAUUACUAAAGCUGUCCUGACCAAAAUACAGGUGUGUGAAAGACCCAUCAUACAUUUGCUUGACACACCGGGCGUGCUGCCUCCUAAGAUCGACAAUGUAGAGACUGGGAUGAAACUCGCUUUAUGUGGUACUAUACUGGACCACUUGGUUGGUGAAGAUAUCAUAGCUGAUUAUCUGCUUUUCUCACUUAACCGACUCCAAAGAUUUGGCUAUGUAGAGAGGUAUGACCUAGAAGCACCAUCAGAUGAUAUUCAACAUGUGCUGAAGUGUAUCGCUGUAAAGUUAGGCAAGACUCAGCGAGUGAAAGCCAUCACAGGAGUCGGUGACAUUACUGUCAGAGUGCCUAACUACACCGCUGCAGCCUAUGACUUCAUCAGAGCUUUCCGUAAAGGAGAGCUGGGCAAAGUCACGCUUGACUAUUAAAACUAAAUCCUUUUGCUUAUGCUGAUGAGCAAUUCAUGAUAUUCCUGGUAAUGGCAACUGUAAUAAUCUUUUUUAAUAUUGUGACUAAGUUCUUUGAUGCAAUACAAAUGGAAAACUGUGCAAACAAUAAAUUAUAUACUGAUAUAAAAAACAGAUUUUCCUAUAUAAUAUUAAAACAGCACCUAUAAAUAAGUUAUACAGUGGAUACUUUCAUUUAAAGAUCAUUUACAAAAAAGCUAAUUUCCCCAGUCCAGUCUACAUGUAUAAACACACAAUGAUAUUUUCAACUCUGGGAAUAUAAUCAUUUCACAGUCUUAGUGACAGGUGAUGGCAGAUAAACCGUAACACUGCUUGGACAAUAUAGAACACAACUAUUUAUAUGUAAUUCUAACAUUUUAAUCUAACAGUUGAGGACAAGUUCGACUUGUCACAUUGUUUAAUCUAUAAUUGCAUGACUAUUAAAGUUACAUAAAAUGA